GGCAGAGCACCAUGGCCGUGUCAUGGAGGAGCUGGCUGGCUAAUGAGGGGAGCAAGCACCUCUUUCUGUUUUUCUGGCUCUCACUGAACGUGUGGUUCUUCUGGAAGACCUUCCUGCUGUACCGCCGAGGGCUGCAGUAUUACUAUCUGCAUCAGAUGUUAGGGCUAGGAUUGUGUGUUAGCAGAGCUUCAGCAUCUGUCCUCAAUCUCAACUGCUGCCUGGUCCUGCUCCCAAUGUGCCGCAUUCUCUUGGCCUUCCUCAGGGGAUCUCAGAAGGUUGCCAGCAGGAAGACCAGAAGGCUGAUAGACAAAAGUAAAACUUUUCAUGUGACAUGUGGUGUUACAAUAUGCAUCUUUUCAGUCUUGCAUGUUGCUGCUCAUCUGGUGAAUGCUCUUAACUUCUCUGAGAAUUACAAUGAAGAUUUUCUGGCAAUAAAUGCAGCAAAUUAUCGUGGUGAGGACCCAAGGAAACUGCUUUUUACUACUGUUCCAGGUCUGACUGGAGUCAUUAUGGUUUUAGUGCUAUUCCUAAUGUGUACAGCAUCUACAUACGCCAUCAGGGUUUCAAACUAUGACAUCUUCUGGUAUACCCACAACCUUUUCUUUGUCUUCUAUAUACUGCUGAUGCUGCAUGUUUCCGGGGGAGUGCUCAAGUACCAGACCAACUUAGAGGAACACCCACCUGGUUGCUUUAAUCCUAACAAAACGCUGCUAGGGAAUAUGACAGUGCCGAAGCCUUUUGAAGAGCUGUUUCCUGACUAUACUACUGAGCCCUUCCCAGAGGACUUAACAUUUCCAGAACCCCUUGUACAAAGUAACUUUAUGAGAAUUUGUUCCAAGGAACCCAAGUUUCAGUCGCAUUUCCCAGAGACUUGGUUUUGGAUUUCUGGACCUCUGUGCUUGUACUGUGUAGAAAGACUGUACCGCUACAUCCGCAGCAACAAGCCAGUCACAAUAACAUCAGUGAUAAGCCAUCCCUCCAAUGUCCUUGAAGUAAGGAUGAUCAAAGAUGACUUCCGAGCAAGGCCUGGUCAGUAUGUUAUUCUACACUGUCCGAGAGUGUCUGGACUGGAAAGCCAUCCAUUCACCCUUACAAUGUGCCCUACAGAUACCAAAGCAACGUUUGGGGUCCACCUUAAAGUAGUAGGAGACUGGACAGAAAGAUUUCGGGAUUUACUGCUUCUACAGUCAAAUCAAGAUGCAGAGAUUCUGCCCAUCUUUCAGCAGAGGCGCUAUCCCAAACUGUAUGUGGACGGACCUUUUGGAAGUCCCUUUGAGGAAUCCUUGAACUAUGAAGUAAGCCUCUGCGUGGCUGGUGGUAUUGGAGUUACACCAUUUGCAUCAGUUCUCAACGCUCUGCUUGAUGACUGGAAAUGCUACAAACUGAGAAGACUCUACUUCAUCUGGGUAUGCAGGGACGUCGAAUCUUUCCGCUGGUUUGCAGAUUUGCUCUGUAUGUUGCAUAACAAGCUCUGGCAAGAGAAUCGACCAGACUAUAUAAACAUCCAGCUGUACCUCAGUCAAACAGAUGGAAUACAGAAGAUAAUUGGUGAAAAGUAUCAAGCUCUAAACUCAAGGCUUUUGAUUGGACGGCCCCGGUGGAAACUCCUUUUUGAUGAAAUAGCAAAGUAUAACAGGCGGAAAACCAUUGGAGUUUUCUGUUGUGGACCAAGCAAGAUGUCUAAGAUACUUCAUAAACUGAGCAACAGCAGCAACCCUUACGGGACGAGGUUUGAGUAUAAUAAAGAGUCCUUCAGCUGAAAGUCUGUUGGACU